CACGUGAUCCACGUGGAGGCGGAUGACCCGGACAACCCGGAGACGGGGAACGCGGAGCUUCGCUACUCGCUGGGGCCUCCGCGCCCGCCGCCCGCCAAUCGCUCGGCCGUCAGCUUCGCCAUCGACCCCCCUCCGUGGCGACAUCACCACAACCUCUGACCCGCAGCUGCUCGACCGCGAGGCGCUGGCCACGCUCACCUACGAGCUGGUGGUGAGCGUGUCGGACAUGGCCGGCGGCGACUCGGGCCUGGUGAGGAGCAGCACGGUCACCGUCACCAUCGCCGACAUCAACGACAACCCACCCGUCUUCCACCCCACCACGCGGUUCGAGGUGUCCGUGGAGGAGAACGUGGUGAGGCCGCUGCUGAACCUGACGGUGCGAGACGUGGACGAGCGUGGCAGCGCCAACUGGGAGGUCUCCUUUUCCAUCAUCAGCGGCGACACGGACGGCACCUUCAACGUGAGCACGCGGCCACACAGCAACCGUGGCAUCCUCGGCCUGGCGCAGCCGCUGGACUACGAGACGUGGCGCGUGCACGCGCUGCUGGUGCGCGCGGACAACCUGGCCCCGCUGGUACCCCAUGUGCGCCUCCCCCACGCGUCGACCGCCACCAUCGUGGUGUCGGUGCUGGACACCAACGAGGCGCCCGUGUUCCACCACGGGCCCAACGCCACGGUGGUGACGCACCUGCCGGAGGGCCUCCAGCCCGGCGCCGUGGUGGCGCGACUCAACGCCAGCGACCCCGACCUCGCGCAGCAGCAGACCGUGCGCUACUCGGUGCUGAGCGACCCGGCGCGCUGGCUGCGCGUGGAGGCGCUCACCGGCGUCGUCACCACCACCGCUGUGCUCGACCGCGAGUCGGUGCACGUGAACCACGGCCACGACUACGAGGCCACGUUCCUCGCCUACGACAAUGGCCACCCGCCGGCUUCAUCCACGGCCACGCUGUUGCUGCGUCUCUCCGACGAGAACGACCACGCGCCGGCGGUGACUCCGGCGUGGGCGUUCGCGUGCACGGGGCGCGGAGCGCUCGCCAACCGCUCCCUCGCCACCCUCGUCGCUUCUGACCCCCACGACCUCCCGGGCAACGCGGGGCCCUUCACCUUCCGGCUGGGCCACCGCGCGCAGAGCCCGGGGCCCGCACAGCGCCUGCUCGCACUCCUCGGGGUGCCCACCGAGGAGGAGAAGCUGCGCCUAAGCUGGCGGCUCGACGUCAUCAACGAGACGCACGCCGACCUGGUGUCGCUCCACGAGGUGGCCCGGGGCGAGCACCUCGUGCCCGUCAGCGUGGCCGACUCGGGCCGCCCGCCCCAGACCACGCUGCUCGUGUUCAACGCCUCCGUGUGCUCCUGCUCGACCCGCUCGGGCGGCACGGCGCAGCCCCUCGACUGCAGCUCGGGGGCCCCGGGCGGACCACCGCGGAGGCUCCGCGCCGAGGGGGUCGCGGCGGCGGCGGCGCUCGUUGUGAUCGCGCUCUUCGCCCAGGGCGCGUGGUGACAGGUCGGUGAGUUCCCAAGCUCCGGGUCGCAGCUCAGUUCCGACGGAAAUCAAAGACCUCGUGAACACGGGCUCACCCCCCCCCCACCACCCCCCCCACCA